CACAGCUGGAGACUCGGUAUUAUCCAGAUAGUCUAACCAACCUUCUUUUUCUCUUUGCCGACCGUACCGUGCCCCCUUCGCCUUGAUCCUGCGAAAGCUCUUCUUCUUGAGUUUUUUGAUCUCGAUUCCGACUCCAACCUCGAUCAGACGAUCUCCGCUUCUCCCUGCUCACACAGCGGUUCCAGAGAACCUGAAAUUAUUUUAUCCACUGUCCUCCGCGCCCAGCAAAUGAUCUCACGGUCCAGCUGCAUUAUUCAAACCGAUCACCUAUCCCGUACAGAAGCCCGCUGACACUCCCCUCCGGUCCGGCGGGUGACCUGGAAAAGACGUUUACGUUUUCGCUUGGUUGCCUGCGGAAGAGGAGGGAGACAAAAUUUUUGUUACAACAAAAGGCAGGGCCAACGAUUCACUACCGUCUAUCGCGUUCAUUUCAGAAGUACGGAUAGGGUGUGGUAUCGCUCGAACGAACUGUCUCCAACUCUUUCGAGCUCCGCUCUUCAGAUCGAUUGCUUUCUGCCUCGUAUACUCUGCGCCGUGUGAAGAGGGAUAAUGGGGCCUACGUAUAGCUCUGAUGGUUAGUCGCAACGCUUCUCUUUGUUUUUAUUCCCCCUUGCGUCCGUUUGCGUUUUACGUUUUGUGUUCCCUUUGAGUUUGCACCGUGAGAAACCAUACCAUCAAUUACACGGCAUGGAUGGAUUCAGGAAAAUGGUUCUUUCCCCCCCUCCCCCCCUGUGAAGUUGUAACGGUUCUUGAAACCCCAUAGAUUUAGGGGGAAAUACAAGAGCAGAAGCAAAGGCAGCGGCCUACAGUGCAACAAAAGAGGUCUAGAUGAUAGAAGAUACUCAGGCACUCUGUUACUUGUGGUUGGACCUGGAUCCGCGAGCUAAGUCUCGAGUGAGAAAUUCCAAUUUCGGUUACUCCGCGUCAUGUCGACAUUGGGUGCUUUCAGUUGAGUCCUGCGAUGCAAAGCUUUGGGAAAAUCAAAAUCCUCCAUGGAUGCUCUUCUAUUUAACAUGGAAACAGCCUCACUCACUGACGCUUGAGCGCAGGCGAACUGAGUCCUUUAUCGUCACCUUUGCCUCUUGCAGAGUCGCCAGAGCCAGAACGGUUGAGUAGAGGGAAGCAGUUAGGGAGUCCAUCAAGCCGCGCCGAUGAUUCAAGACGACUCUCCAUGGAUACAAUCUCAUCCGAAUAUGACCACAUGGCAAGGUUAGUGUGCUUAUUCUCAAAUACAUGUGAUUACACGUGGUUGCCAAACUGAGACGCAUUCCGCCCCUUCUCAUUAUAGAUCGUCGAUAUUCGAGCGAGAGCACGGACUGGGGCCGACUGGACUGGACCGCAUACGCCAGCCGCAACCGACACGGGUCCUGACACUUCCCAACCUGUCAACCUCAUCCCUUAUAUCUCAGCCGGCUCGCCGUCGUUCGCUUACGCGCUCAACCUCAUCAUCGAGAGCGCCUUCCACCCACAUGUCUGCAAGCAGGAGCUCGGUGGUUUUGGAAGACCUUCAUCGGUUCCCUUCUGAAUCGUUACACUCAUUCUCUUUUGCACAGCAGUCCGAGGAAUUAUUACAGAGCAGACAGAACAUUUUGAAAAGGUCCAUUGAUUUCAUGCGUGAUCGCUUCGGAUGGGCUGCUACAAAUCCCGCUAUUGUAAAUGCGCAGGCUCGCUUAAGCGGUGAUCCUGAGAUGCAGAGUAUGAUGUACCUUCUGUCCCGGGCUAACGUCAUGGGAAAUGAAGACGGAUCUCCCCACACAGGCCCCCCCAGAGCCCCUGUUACCGGGCCCGCGGAUGUCGGCGAUGGAAACGUAUUUGACAAGGCAUUUAUUGACCACAGCUUCCCCCGAUCAGAGGCCGAGGAUUCAGUUAGGGAGCAUUCCCGCGAACAUGGCGCUGCCCCAGAACAAACAUAUUUCUUGAGUCCCAUGCCAAAGGAUGAUCAUAUAUCGCAAAGGAGGGAAAGGAAAUCAGCCCCUUCAUCCAGGCGCGUAAGCUUAAAACGUACAUACACGGAUGUCAGCUCUGUUUCCCUCCAGAGCAAGCUGAUGGAGGCUCUAGCACAACCCUAUACUACCACGGAUUCCUGCUCAUUGACGAACUCCUCUUCAACCUUGGGGUUAGGGCCCUCAGUCCCCGGACUGCAUACCCACAGCAGCAAAUGGACUCCGGUCUCGCAAGCCGUCUUUAGGACAGAAGCCAAGGCACCAUGGACAAUACUGGCCGCAAACGAUUUAUCCUGCCUAAUAUUCGGGUUUCCACAGUCGGAGAUCCGCAGGUUAAGUAUUCUAAAACUUAUACAGAAGGGGCGGAGGCAAUGGCUUGAAUCUAGACUGCUGGAUCCUCAUGCUGAUGUCGCAGCAAAGGUUCAAACUCCGUCCGAAAAGCCUCAUGCCGAUCCGACAAGCCCAAGGUCAAUAUCGUUGGGUAAAGGUAUCACUGCCCAGUUGUUAAGUAAACCAUCUUUCCGGGAAAAGGCGUCCGGUCGAGCAGGAACAGAUGAUAGUCAUGGCUCGAGUACCAGGAACAGAAAGAACACAAAUCACUCGGCCAACAAGUCACGCGGUGUCCUGCUUUGUGGCGAUGUGGUGCCCAUAAAGAAGCGAAACGGGUCAGACGGCUCGGCAAGCGUCUGGGUUAUGGAAAAACACGGCGGUCUAAUCUGGGUCAUGGAGGAAAUCACAGAAGAUGUGGCUUACAUUCAUUGCGACGAUAAACUUGAAGUCACCGAUUUCCAUGGCAACGUGGACAAGAUUUGGGGUCCAGCUAUGGUAAAGCCGGGUCUACAGAUAUCAGAGCUUUUCCCUCGCAUUCCCAAGGAUUUUCUCAGAAAUUCCGGUGGAAGGAGGCUGAAAAAGAUCGCCGAGAUGCGAUAUCUAGCCGGUCGAACAUGUUCCGGUGUCUGCAUCCCAGUGACUAUCACCGAGGAUGAGUGCACACACUGCCUUCGAGUGGCAAGUUUUCCUCAUAUUGCGGGCAUGAUGGCAUUGUCGUCGUCAACAUUGAAAGUGAUCAGUUCUAACUCCGUUUUUUCCUCGGCUCUAUUUGGGCAAGAGCAGCCCAAAGGACUUCACAUCACUGAAUUGAUACCAGGAUUUGACAAGCUACUCCGUGUGCUUAUCGAGGAAGACCAGGUUCCUCUAACCGACGGCAUAGUAGUCCCUGAGCAAAGCUUUCGAAGGGCACGAACGCUUUUAGUCAUCCGAGAGGGCAAUGCUCCUGCUGCGUCGAUUUUUGCGGAACCACCUGGACUUCGGGCGCGCCAUCGCGAUGGUUCGACUAUUGCAGUAGACGUACAGCUUCGGGUAGUUAAGAGUGGGACGAUAUUCGCAAACGAUCAGCCAAGCCAGUGCUCAGACGACGCGGUAUCUGUAACUGAGCUCGUCUAUGCCUUAUGGAUCACCUAUUCCCGACAUAUUCACGCGGCUGGGUCAGCUACUGAUCUACCAUCAAGCCCCCCAGCUGCGCCAUCCCCUCGUCGUUCUGAGUCACCUAGCGCAGUGAAGCCUGUGGAGGUGCAAGCGCAAUCUACCUUGAGCCAGCAACUCCGCGAAGCAGCAUCGGAACCCCUCAUGGAGAAAGCGCCGCAACCGAUAGCUGAAUCUACAAUAAAGAAGGCAACAAAAAAGGAGCCACUCGAGCGGAGGAAGAGGACGAUCGACGACUACGUGAUCCUCGAAGACAUGGGGCAAGGGGCGUAUGGACAAGUGAAACUCGCACGUCUUAAAAGCAAUCCAGCGAAGAAAAUGGUCUUGAAAUACGUCACAAAGAAGAAGAUUCUGGUCGACACGUGGACGCGUGAUCGCCGUCUGGGCACCGUUCCGUUGGAGAUCCAUGCCAUGGACUAUCUCCGCCGGGAUGGUCUGAAACAUCCGAAUAUCGUGGAGAUGGAAGGGUUCUUCGAAGAUGACAUCAAUUACUACAUCGAGAUGACACCGCACGGUCUUCCCGGAAUGGACCUGUUUGAUUACAUUGAGCUCAAAGCGAACAUGGAGGAAUCUGAAUGUCGGAACAUCUUCCGACAGGUUGCCGAUGCGAUCCAUCAUCUCCACACGAAGGCGCUAGUUGUUCAUCGCGAUAUCAAGGACGAGAACGUGAUCUUGGACGGCGAAGGCCGGAUUAAGUUGAUCGAUUUCGGAAGCGCUGCCUAUAUAAAGAAUGGCCCGUUCGAUGUGUUCGUGGGAACGAUUGACUAUGCUGCUCCUGAGGUUCUGCAGGGUAAGCCGUACCGGGGCAAGGAGCAGGAUAUCUGGGCCCUGGGCAUCCUUCUCUACACGAUCGUCUACAAGGAAAACCCGUUCUACAAUGUUGACGAGAUUCUGGACCAUCCCCUUCGGGUUCCGUACCUGCCGUUCUCGGAAGACUGCAUCGACCUUAUUAGAAAGAUGCUCGAUCGAGACGUUGACAACCGCUUGACCAUUGGUGAAGUGAUGGAUCAUCCAUGGAUGACAAGCAACUGAACUGGGGAAAAUAAUGUGCGAAGUUGGAACGGUUGCGUCUCUCGCUGUAGCAGACAGACUACCACGACAGCUUUUUUGUUUUGGACGAAUAACGUGGUUCUAGACGAAUUUGCGAUGCAAUGCUUUUCCUUGUGAUGACAUUCGGAUGAUGGAAAAUAACGGAGCAUAUCAAGCAGAGAGAUAUAUACUUUUUUAUGUUUGUUUGAACGAACUACUUGUAUUAAUUCUACCAUUUUUGCUGUCACUCAACAGCGGUGUGGAAGGCGAUUUCUGCAUUUCAUGGAACUGGUUGUUUAUUUUGUUAUAUAUGGGAUACCUUGAUUUUU